AUGUUUUCUAUUUGUAAGGAUUUGAACUAUUGCGGUUAUAACGCCCCGACCGCCCCUCCCGGUGAGUCACCCACGCCCUCUCUCUGGACCCGCAGGCCCAUCUCGGCCCGCGGGCCUCACCCCUGUCCGACGGCCUGUCCGUUAUUUUUGAGAGGCUCUAAUGACUUGUUUACUAUCCCUGCAAUCAACACUCGACCUUUCCCGUGUUUUGGCCUCACUCACACGGUUUCGGAAACCACUUCCCGGAAGGUCACCCAUCCUUCAACUACUCCAGCCCAAGCACGCUUAACUCUGGAGUUACUUAUAGACCUUUGA